AUGGCUUCCGGUUACGGUCUUAACGGUGGUCAGAACCGCUGCUAUCCCUUCUGGCAGGAGGUCCUCGGCUGCUACGUGGUCAACUCCGGCGAGGGUGAGGCUGGCAAGAAGAAGUGUGUGCCCGCCCUGGAGGACUACUACGAGUGCCUUCACCACCGGAAAGAGGCUCUCCGUACUAUGAAGAUGCAAGCUGCCUACCGCAAGGCCGAGGCCGCUCACCCGCGAGAGAACGCCCCCAAGGCUGAGCAAAUCCGUAGUCUCGGUCUACUUGGGAAGGAAGAAGAAGCCACUUCUCUGUUGAACCAACGGUGA